AUGCUGCACCCUUCUCUGAAGGCAUCUCUCUGGCUCCUCAUCCUCACUGGUCUGCUGGAGGUAACGUUCGGGGGCAGUGGGCUGCACAUCGAGCCCCGAGAUGCCGAGCUUGUCCUCGACCUUCACAGCACCUUCUCCCUCUUGUGCUAUGGGGAUGGGAAGCUGGUCUGGGAACGGGAGGGUCAGCCCCUCGCCGCCUCGCUGGAGCACAGAGAUGGUGUCUUCAUCAGCAACCUCACCCUCAGCAACGUGACAGGCCGACACACCGGGGAGUACGCCUGCACCUACGGCCCCGAGGCUCCAGAGCCACCCGAGAGGAAAGCCCUGUACAUCUACGUCCCAGAUCCCUCCCUAGUCUUCCUCCCCACAAUCACCUCUGAAGAGCUCUUCAUCUUCAUCACGGGCUAUACAGAGGCCGUCAUCCCAUGCCGUGUGACCAACCCACAGAUGCCAGUGACUCUCUAUGAGAAAAAAGUGGAGAACCCCAUCCCAGCUGCUUAUGACCCACAACAAGGAUUCAAAGGCUUCUUUGAGGACAAGACCUAUUUCUGCCGGACAAUUGUGGAUGACCAGGAGGUGGAUUCAGACACCUUCUAUGUCUACAGGAUCCAGGUCUCGUCUGUGAACGUGUCCAUCAGCGCGGUGCAGACCGUGGUGCGCCAGGGAGAGAACGUCACCCUCAUGUGCACCGUGAGCGGCAACGAGCUCGUCAACUUCAACUGGGACUACCCCCGCAAGCAGGCAGGGAAGGCUGUGGAGCCAGUGACUGACUUCCUGCCCGGAUCCACCCACGAGAUCCGCUCCAUCCUCAUCAUCCAGAACGCAGAGCUGGAGGACAGUGGGACCUAUGUCUGCAACGUCUCCGAGGGCUACCAUGAGAAAACAGACCGGAAAGACAUCACAGUCCAUGUGAUCGAGCGUGGCUUUGUGCGCUUCCACACCCACCUGACCAGCACGGUGUACGCCGAGGUCCACAAGAGCCACACCAUCCAGGUGGAGCUGGAGGCCUACCCACAACCCAACAUCGUGUGGCUGAAGAACAACAAGACACUGACGAUGGAGAGCAACAGCGAGUUCACCAUCACCAGCAGGAACCUGUCAGAAACCAGGUACCAGACAGCUCUGGUGCUGGUGCGGGUGAAGCAGGAAGAAGGAGGAUUUUACACCAUCCGAGCUUCCAAUGAGGAUGAUGAGCAGGAGCUGUCCUUCCAUCUGCAGAUAAAUGUGCCAGCCAAAGUGGUGGAUCUGAAGGAGAACAGCAGUGCCAGCAGUGGGGAGCAGACGGUGACAUGCUCUGCUGAAGGCAUGCCCCAGCCAGAGAUCAGCUGGUCUGCUUGCAGCGACAUCAAAUGGUGCAGCAGCAAGGGGCAGCCCACCCGGCUGCUGGGGAACGAGUCAGCGGAGAUGGCCCUGCAGAGCAACGCCACGUACCGCCCCGAGCUGCGCGUCUUCCGCGUCACCAGCACCCUCCAGCUGCACAGGGUGGACGAGCCCCUGCUCCUGAGGUGCACCGUCCAAAACUUCCUGGGCACUAACUCCCAGGACAUCACGCUGGUCCCGCACGCCUUGCCAUUCAAGGUGGUCAUCAUCUCUGUCAUCCUGGCCUUGCUGGUCCUCACUGUCAUCUCCCUGAUCAUCCUGAUCGUCCUGUGGCAGAAGAAACCUCGUUAUGAAAUCCGCUGGAAGGUGAUCGAGUCAGUCAGCUCUGAUGGGCAUGAGUACAUCUACGUGGAUCCCAUGCAGCUCCCUUAUGACUCCAGCUGGGAGGUGCCCAGGGACAAGCUGGUGUUAGGACGCACUCUGGGCUCCGGUGCCUUUGGGCGCGUGGUGGAGGCAACAGCCCAUGGCCUGAGUCACUCACAGUCCGCCAUGAAAGUGGCAGUCAAAAUGCUCAAGUCCACCGCCCGGAGCAGCGAGAAGCAAGCCCUCAUGUCUGAGCUGAAGAUCAUGAGCCACCUGGGACCUCACCUCAACAUCGUCAACUUGCUGGGGGCCUGCACCAAAGGAGGGCCCAUCUACAUCAUCACGGAGUACUGCCGCUACGGGGACCUGGUGGACUACCUGCACCGCAACAAGCACACCUUCCUGCAGUCCUGCGGAGAGAAGGCCCGCCGGGAGGCAGAGCUCUACGGCAACACCCCCAAGGACGACCACGGCCAGAGUCACCUCUCGUUGUCAGUGGAGAGCGACGGGGGCUACAUGGACAUGAGUAAGGACGACUCCCUGGACUACGUGCCCAUGUCUGACAUGAAGGGUGAGGUCAAGUACGCUGACAUCGACUCCUCCAACUACGGGACCCCUUACGAGCUGGACAGCUAUUCCCCAGCAGCUCCUGAAAGAACAGACCGGGUGACGCUGAUAAACGAGUCUCCACUCCUCAGCUACAUGGACCUGGUGGGCUUCAGCUUCCAAGUGGCCAAUGGGAUGGAGUUCCUGGCUUCCAAAAAUUGUGUGCACCGUGACCUUGCUGCCAGGAAUGUCCUCAUCUGUGAGGGGAAGCUGGUGAAGAUCUGUGACUUUGGCCUCGCGAGGGACAUCAUGAGGGACUCCAACUAUAUCUCCAAAGGCAGUACCUUCUUGCCCCUUAAGUGGAUGGCUCCAGAAAGCAUCUUCAACAACCUCUACACCACCCUGAGCGACGUGUGGUCCUUCGGGAUUCUCCUCUGGGAAAUAUUCACCUUGGGGGGGACCCCGUACCCCGAACUGCCCAUGAAUGAGCAGUUCUACAACGCCAUCAAACGUGGCUAUCGGAUGUCCAAACCCACCCACGCCUCUGAUGAAAUCUAUGAUAUCAUGCAGAAGUGCUGGGAGGAGAAGUUUGAGAUCAGACCAUCCUUCUCACAGCUGGUGGUGCUGAUGGGAAACCUCCUGGUGGAUUGCUACAGAAAGAGGUACCAGCAGGUGGAUGAAGAGUUCAUGAAGAGUGACCACCCUGCUGUGGUCCGCACAAGACCCACCAUCCCUGGGCUGAACAACGCCAGGCUGGCUGCCAGCUCCCCCACGGGCAGCAUCCUCUACACAGCCGUGCACCAGAACGGGGGCGAGAACGAUUAUAUCAUCCCUCUUCCCGACCCCAAACCUGAGGCAAGCUGUGAUCUCCCCCAGGAGGCCUCCAUCAGCCGGGCCAGCUCUGUGCUGAACGAGGCAAACACGUCGUCCACGAUAUCCUGUGACAGCCCCCUGGGCCUCCGGCAGGACGAGGAGCAGGACCCCGACCCGCAGCCAGCCUGCCAGGAGCCCACCACAGGGCACCAAGAGGUGGAAGAGAGUUUCCUGUAG